AGUCCCGUGCGAGAGAAACGCAAUUCCCGCUCUUGCUCCUGCUUCUGCCUCUGAUCGAUCUUGUGCAGUUCAGUCGUCCGAAGCAACGAUCGCAUUGACGAGUCCUGCUGCCGGAAACCAUGGAAGCUGUGGGAAGAUUGUGCGGUGCGAAGCUGCCGCUCCAUCGUAGAGUUGCUUCGAGAGGAUUCACCGAGGCACGAAGUGAAUCAUGUGAGAUUUGCAGAACGAUCGAUGGCAGCAUCGUCAAGAGGAGAAUCUCGUCCGGUCGCGUGUCGUGUGAGAAGGCUGCUCCAGUAGAAGCUCUCAGGCUAUCGCAGGCUCGGCUCGCGGAUACUUUGUCUUGCAGCAGCUCCGUGAAGGGACUGUCCGGCGCUCGUGUUCAAGCUCAGCAGGAGGAAGAUCGCCACAGAGAUUCAGCGACCCUUGAUGCUGGAGCCAGUCAGGCGAGCGAAUCCCUUGUGGAGGCGGGAAGAGGACGGGGAAAGAUGUGGGCCUUCGUUACCAGCCUCUCGUUGCAGGGCGCCGUGACGCUGCGUGCCAUGGCCAGCGAGGCCGAAAACUCUGCACUCCUCCAUUCAGACACUCUGGAGACAGCAGCCUCUAGGGCUCCCGAGUGGCUCGCGCCUGCAAUUUUCGCCUUUCCUGUCGUGUCCUACUUCUUGUUCGGCGUUUACCGGGAUCAGGUGAAUCCAAAUGCCAAGGUCACAGACUGGCUGUUCGGUCUGGUUGCUUUUGGCAUCGUUGCCAACAUCGUGAUGCAGGUUACCUGGGGGGUGCGAUUGUACUAAUGUGCGGACAGCUGAGCUUCGCUGAAGUUACUGAUCACAUUCUGAAGCUUUCGAUCACUUUCACUACGCCCGUACGCGGACAGAGUUGCAAAAUUCUUUCUGCGGGUUGAUCUGCUCCUGAAUGUGGAGCAACAUCCUUCGAACUGAUAGAUUAGUUCAUUCUAUGCUUCAAAGCACCAGUUACUGUCAAAUGAUGUUCCACUUCAGUUUUCCGGAGUCGGCAUAUUUUGUCUGCUCACAAUUGAUCCCACUUUUUUCCGGAAAACAUGUGCCCAGGAAAUGCAAUGUGAGUGGCUGCGCUGCUUCCUAAGACAGGCACGCAUGCCCAAUGAUGAUGAAUAUGUUCGCAAGUCAGCCAGUUCCAAAAUGUGACUAAAGGGCGUGGUCCAACAAUUCUGAGCCGGACCAAUAUUUGCGAGCUGGGUACGAGCAGCUGCUGUCCAGGCUCGCUGACCUACUCAGGUUGGCAAAGAAUCUCUGUGAGAGAAUUAAAUGUCCACAGCUUGUCUGCUUUACAGACUUGAGUCUGUGGAAAAUACCAGAAGUAGGCCGGCCAUCUCCAACUCCGUAAUCUGUUCAUGCUCUUCACAAGCUGAGCGCAUCCUUUGAGCAAAUGGCGACAGGGACGCUGGGUACGAGUGCGAGAUAGCACAAUAUUGGGUCUUUUGUAAUGCAAGACGAGACUACGUGCUCGUGAGGAAUUUUUUUCUCCACUGUGAGAUGAGACAUGGAUUCAUAAUUAACCUGCAACAGAGGUUUCAGGAACCUGGCCGAGUCCGCUUCGCAAGAAGCUCCUCUGCACUGGAGGUGUAUAUCCUGCUUCCGUCGUUACGUGAAUCUACGAUUUUGGCCCAGGACACCUUAGUGGAAUCAGG